AUGAGCAAAAGGAUCGAAGGUCAGUUAGACCAUUUCAUACAAGCAGUGAAAGAUAAUUAGAAAAGUUUGUUGAUAGCUGGAGCAGUAGCUGGAACUGCUGCUCUUGGCUUCUAUGGUUUUAAGAAAAUGCACCAUUCAAAUGAAAUGAAGCUAGUGUCUGACAAACAAUUCUCGCAACUUUCUACUUAGUACCCACUGCAGCUUAAUGAAGCAGUAUUCAGAGAGAGAUUUUUAUCAAACAUUCAAUAUGAUUUGGUACUUAAUUUACAUCCUAAAGAUUCCAUUUACUAUUCAGGAAGAAUCAAGAUUUCAUUCAUGGUAAACGAGUAAGUGAUUCAAGAAGAUUUGAAAAAUCUUUUUUUGGAUUUCCAUGGUCAAGGAAUCUCGGACAUGACAGUAAAUUAGAACCAUGUUCCAUUAUCCUCCUUAUGCUUUGACUCACAUAGAAUCAUGAUACCAUAUGAGAACAUCAAGCUGAAUGCUAUCAAUCAUCUCAUUAUCAAGUUCACAAAUACAUUUGAAGAAACUGGUAGAGGUGGAUUAAUGAAAUAUUUUAAUCCAGUUGACAAUGAGAUUUAUAUUUUCAGCAAUCUUGAACCAUUUAACUGCAACAGAUGGUUCCCAUGCUUUGACUAGCCAAGUUUGAGGGCUUCUCUGAAGCUUUAAGUAUUAUCACCAGAAGCAUAGUGGCAGAUUAUAUCAAAUGGAAAGAAGGUUAAUUCAAUGGCAGUUUCUGACAUAAACUCUAAAAAUCUUUUAGAUGACUUGGGAUGCUCAGAAUUUCUCGAGCCUUAUGAAGACAAGCAUCAUAGUUUACUAGUAAUUCAUUCCUUUGAAGAUACACCCUCAAUCAGUACUCACUUAUUUGGCCUUUUCUGUGGCAGGUUCAAAUGUUAUAUUGACUAAGACUAAGAAAAAUUCCCGAUCAGAUUGUUCCAAAGUCAUUAUCAUGACAUUAAGCAGAGUUUGUUAAUCGAACCAAAAGAAAUUUUUAGAAUUAUACAAGUAGGCCUCUAAUUUUAUGAAGAAUAAUACGGAAUCAAGUACCCCUUCUCCAAAUUAGAUCUAGUAUUCUGUCCUAAUUUGAAUACUGAGGCUAUUCACUCAGAAGGUACUAUUGUAUUAAAUUAGAACAAUUUUCUCGCAUAUCAUGAGUAAACUGGUGCCUUUAGAGAACUUCCAAUGAUCAAUGCUAGCCAAAGACUUACUCAAACUUUACUAGAAUAGUUAAGUCAAAUAUGGUUUGGUGAUCUUGUAUCUAUGAAGUGGUGGAAUGAUAUUUGGCUUACUCAAGCUUUUAAUAAGUUUAUGGCUCUCUAGUGUACAAAUCAAUGCAAUGAGCUCAAAAAAUACAGAUCUACUGAAAAUAUUAUGAUAGAUGCCAUUGCAUAAUCAUUAAUAUUUGAUACAUCUCCCUAUAUCUAAUCUUUAAAUUUUAGUGCUAUCAGUACCACAGAGGCUUUGACUCAAUAUGAAUCCGAAAAUGUCAAUAAAGGUGUGAUUUUCUUUUGGAUUUUGACUCAUAAUAUUGGAUAUAAAGGAUUUUAGGCUGGAAUCAAGGAAUAUUUUGCUAAAUAUAAGUUUCAAAAUACUGACACUAAGGAAUUAAUUGAUUCCUUCUAAAUAGGACUCUCUAGACUAGGCUCUAAUUAAGAAAUAAGAUUGUGGUGUAAUCUGUGGCUCUAAAAACAAGGAGUAAAUAUAAUUCACACAAUAAUAGAAAGAGACUUAAUAAACUAAAGCUUUACACUUAACUUGAAGGCUUCAAACUAAAAACAUGGAGACUAACAUUAUUUUGAUCAAAAAUUAGAUGUAGCCUUGUAUGAUUAAGACAUGAACGAGACAACAAUAGAAAAUGUAAGAAUUUAUGGAGAUCAUGUGAAAAAUAUAUUCUCCGGGAAUCUUGAGCUCUGUCCAGCUGCGAUAUUAGUAAACUCUAACUGUAAAGGUUACUGCAGAGUACACUUGGACUAGCAAUCAUUGAAUCACUUCUUGAUAAAUUUAUCAAAGGUAAAGAAUGCAGUUAAUAGAGCCUAUCUCUAUCGAGUUAUUUUUGAUCAGAUAAAGCUAAGAAAUUUGAAGCCUAAUGACUAUUUAGAAGCCUUAUUCACAGAAAUAGUUGUGGAAGAAAAUUUUACAAUCAUUCCAUCAAUCCUUAACGAUAUCAAUUAUUGUUUGAAAUACUAUUACACUAAUGGCGAAAGAAAAAUACUCUAAGGGAAAUACCAAAAAGUUUUAUUGAGUAUGAUCACACGAUCUGAGACUUUGAACUUAAAGAAUUACUUGACUAAGGAGCUCUUGGAAAAUGCAAUCAAUAUGGAUAGAGAUUCAGAAAUGCUAAUCUAAUGGCUCGAUCUAGGAAGAAUAACAAAUUAGUAGGACAAUAGUGUGGUGAACAUUCUUACUCAAGAACAUAAAUUUAUCAUAGUCAGAUUGCUUCACAGAUCUAGAAAUAUUUCACUGUUUGAUCUUAGAAAGAGACUAGAAGAUGUGAGUUCUUCCAUUUAUCUCCAAAAUCAGUAUCUUAAGGAUGUGUACAAUAUUGAAAUUGAGUCAAGUUUCUAUGAAGAUGAGUAAAAGUAAAAAGUUUGGGACAAAUAUGUAUCUGGUGAAUACAAUAUUGAAGACUUUAAAAUUUCAAGCAGAUAUUUCUACAACCUAGAAGAUGAUGAGAUGUGUGAGAUUUAUGGGUCUAAAUUCUUCAAAGUAAUUGAAUAGGUAUUCAAGGAACGCGACUACUAAUAUGCCAAGAUAUUUUUCUAAAACUUAUCUCCUGUGUUCCUUGGUAGAGAACACUAUUUAGAUGAUUUACUUAAGAUACUGGAAAGAUAAGUCAAAGAGAACAAUCACUUAUUUGUCAAGUUACUCAAAUACGAAAUUGAGCUUUUGGAGGAAAUUAUUGAGAUUAGAUCUACUCAAAAUGUUAUCAUGUGA